AUGAGUUUUGUUUAUAGGAAAAACAUAUCUAUCUAUCUAUCUUAUCUACUUUCAUUUAUCUAUCUAUCUAUCUAUCUAUCUAUCUAUCUAUCUAUCUAUCUAUCUAUCUAUCUAUCUAUCUCAGUCCCUUCAUAUCUAUCUAUCUAUCUAUCUAUCUAUCUAUCUAUCUAUCUAUCUAUCUAUCUAUCUAUCUAUCUGAUUAUCAAAGAAACAGAAAUAUCUAUCUAUCUAUCUAUCUAUCUAUCUAUCUAUCUAUCUAUCUAUCUAUCUAUCUAUCGUAGUCUACUAGGGGGCAUUAGUCUACGCAUAUCUAUCUAUCUAUCUAUCUAUCUAUAUAUCUAUCUAUCUAUCUAUCUAUCUAUUUUAUUGUACUCAUAUCUAUCUAUCUAUUUUAGUGUAAUCUAUCUAUCUAUCUAUCUAUCUAUUUAUCUUUUUUCGUCUACUCAUAUCUAUCUUAUUAUACUCAUAUCUAUCAUAUUUACUUUCAUCUAUCUAUCUAUCUAUCUAUCUAUCUAUCUAUCUAUCUAUCUAUCUAUCUAUCUAUCUAUUUAUCUAUCUAUCUAUCUAUCUGAUUAUAUAAAUCUGUCCAUUUGUAAUCUUUCAUUAUUUCAAUUUUCUUUCUUUCUUUCUUUCUUUCUUUCUUUCUUUCUUUCUUUCUUUCUAUCUAUCUAUCUAUCUGAUUUCAUUCUCAUUUCUUUAUAUAUAUUUAUAUUCUUUCAUUCUUAUUUCUUUAUAUCUAUCUACUUUGUUUCCUUCUUUUUAUCUCUCUUUCUUUCUAUGUUUGUCUGUUUAUCAAUCUAUCUGUUUUCUAUCUAUCUAUCUAUCUAUCUAUCUAUCUAUCUAUGUUUUUUCUGUUUUAUUGUUUGUUUCUUUCUUUUUUCUUUCUUUCUGUCUGCUUAUCUAUCUAUCUAUCUAUCUAUCUAUCUAUCUAUCUAUCUAUCUAUCUAUCUAUCUAUCUAUCUAUCUGAUUUCAUUCUCAUUUCUCUAUAUCUAUCUAUAUUCUUUAAUUCUUAUUUCUUUAUAUCUAUCUAUAUGCUUUCUUCCUUUCUUUCUUUCUUUCUUUCUUGCUUUCUUUCUUUCUUUCUCUGUUUUGCUUUUAAUACUGCUUUACUUUUUUUUAUUUCUGUAUUAUUCUAUAUAUGUCGAUUUUCCUACUUCAGAAUUUUAUGUGUCUAUCGAUGUUAUGAAAAAAAUAAACUUGUUUCUAUAUCUUCCCGUAUACCCUCUACUCAGAAAUACACUUUCUGCAUGUUCCUGAAUAUACCUAAAUCUAUCUAUCUAUCUAUCUAUCUAUCUAUCUAUCUAUCUAUCUAUCUAUCCCAGUGUGAUCCAAAUCUAUCUAUCUAUCUAUCUAUCUAUCUAUCUAUCUAUCUAUCUAUCUAUCUAUCUAUCUAUCUAUCUAUCUAUCUAUCAUUUUUUUCAUCAGAUUAUUGUGUCAACCUAAUGAUUAAAUAA